AUGGCUACAAUCGCCGACAUAGGCCUGGCUGCCGCCAUCAAUAUUCUUAGUGCCUUCGUGUUUUUCCUAAUAUUUGCUGUGCUGCGGCUGCAGCCCUUCAACGACAGAGUGUACUUCCCAAAAUGGUACCUCAGAGGGUUAAGAAGCAGCCCCAUGAGCUCUGGAGUUGUUGGGAAAUUCGUGAAUUUAGAUUACAGAUCCUAUCUGAGGUUCUUGGGAUGGAUGCCUGCUGCCUUGAAAAUGCCCGAGCCAGAGCUUAUUGAGCAUGCAGGGCUUGACUCUGCUGUUUAUCUUCGGAUAUAUCUAAUAGGGUAUGCAAAAAUAGCUUUAAAAGUCUCUGUUUUAAAUUGAAACCCAUCUUCAUGUUUGAAUGUUUCUUGUUCUAUCUUUGAAAUCUAUUGCCGAUUUCUCAAUACUUCUGUGAAUAUAAUGAGUUAUAAUGACCUCUUCUUCCUCUCUUUGUUUCUUUCAGGCUUAAAAUAUUUGUUCCCAUCACGUUCUUGGCAUUCACGAUCUUGGUACCCGUCAACUGGACCAAUGAUACUCUUGAGCAUUCCAAGAUGCUGUUCAGCAGCAUUGACAAGCUAUCAAUUUCUAAUAUCCCACAUGAGUCACAUAGGUAAGAAGACUAAAUAGGCAUCUCUUCAUUAACUAUUGAAUGUAUGAAUAUCUACCACAGUAUAAAUUCUGGGCCUUCGAUCAAGGCUAUUCUUGCCUUCAAGUAUUCUACACUGCCAUUUUGUUUAAUAUGCGUGAUUAACUCAUCCUUAAGCAGCAUACAAAUUCACUCACUCAAUGAAUAUGUUUAAUUAAGCCCGAGUAAUAAUAUUACGCAUUUGUUUUGACAAUGUCCUUUUUUUAAUUAAGCCAUCAACUUAAGCCAUCGGUAUCACAUGAUAGCAAGAUCAUAUUUGCAAUGUCUUCCACUGGCGUCGCAGGUUUUGGGCUCAUUUGGUAAUGGCCUAUGCUUUCACAUUUUGGACUUGCUAUGUCUUGCUCAAGGAGUACGAGACAGUGGCGUCAAUGAGACUGCAAUUUCUUGCAUUAGAGAGACGACGUCCAGACCAAUUUACCGUAAGUCCCUAAAUUUCCAACCUUUGUAAACCUUUAAAUGAGACUUAAAGGCAGCGAUGCAUUGUGUUGCUUAAGGAGCUGUCUUGGGGUGAAUCCCGUUUGCUGUCUUGUCUGUCAGUAUCUCUGGGGGAAGAUACUAAACGCUAUCGAAUACUUAGCAUUAAUUUUGGGCAGCUUUGAAUUCAGGCAUUCUUCUUUUGGAAUGUGAGAUAAUUCAUUUUGGUUCUUUGGCAGGUUCUUGUGAGGAAUGUGCCACCUGACCCUGAUGAAUCUGUCAGCGAGCUUGUUGAGCAUUUCUUUAUGGUCAACCACCCUGACCACUAUAUCACUCAUCAGGUCUUCAUGGCAGACUCUCUGGUUCUAGCUUUUUUAGUUUUUAAUAUUUUCUUGGUUUACUUCAUUAGUCUUUGCAAGUAUUAUGCAUUCGUAUCCAGCUCAUGGUGGGAGAAAGGAAAGGAGAAGAUUAACACUCAAGAUAUUAGAUAGGCUGGAGAAGGAACUGUAUGGUUUACAUGGAUGAAAUAAAGAACGUUUCUACCCAAACGUGACAAAUUGAAAUGGACAAAUAUGUCAUUGCUACGAUGUUCUAACACAGAGAGAAGACCUGCUCUAGAGGUCUCUUCAAAGACUGGAGAUAUCAUACUUAGUAGGGAUUAGAUGGAAAAAUAACAAACAACAUGCCAGAGAAAAUAUCAUGAAGUGGUGCAAUCGCCUGGCUGUCUUUUGGCUUUCAAUAGUUUGUUAUCUUGACCUGAUUUUUGGGGUGGACUUUUUUAUCUUCCAGUCUUGAUGGAAGGGAAAAUGAUGCAUGAUUCAAUAUUAAGCCAUAGGGAUCUGUUGCAUUUAUAAUGCUCCCUAAUAGGUUUCUCUCUAUUUUUUUCAGGCGAUUUACUGUUUUCAGGCGAUUCAAUAUUUAGAUGAACUUAUGUGCAGUUUUUAUUUCGUAACACAGUAUUCAUGUUCCUGCAAGUUCUUUAUUCUUCUAGCACCUGUCCCCUUUUCAUCGAUGGUAUCCUCCAUCAGGGAACAAUACUCUUUGUAUCUCCUGGAGCUUUAUUUCGAUGUCUUUUUAGUAUUUUUACUGUACGUUUGCUAGAGUAUAAAUGCCACGUUCACAGUUACACGUGUACCACUAGAAAAUGAUAACGAAUUUUUCACCAGCUUAGAUAUUGAAUUUCACUGAGACAUACCAUUAACUUUUAUGCCUUUUCCUCGCAACUUUUUAGUUUUCAAUUGAUAUGCUCUUCCACCAUCUUAGUUGCUUCCAGCUCUUUAAAUUCUUUACAUUGUUUUUUCAUGCCAUGCGAUUAAAUGCCUUUCUCUGAUUUAUUUAUAUGGUACCAGUAUUUCACCUUCUUAAAUGCUUUAUCCUUCCUUUUAGUUGUGUGUACUCAUUCUUCUUAUUGGUAGUAACAAUUGUACUUCUUCUUUUUUUUCUUUUUUUUUUUUACAAUUGUACUUCUUUAGUUUCUUUAUGAACUUUAUUUGAAUAGCACGAGAAGCAGCCUAUUUUUCUCAGGGCGAUGAUUGAUAUUGAUCGUGAUAGAUAAGAUAAUCUAUUCUUCUGUUAAAGGAGCUUUUUAAUUCUUAGUACAUUUAACAGAGUAGUUUCGUUUCCAUGAUCUUUUCUUGGCUAGUAAACAAUCAUCAAAUUGCCAUUUAACCUGCGAAUCUCAUAAAUGUUUUCAUUGGACCAAAGAUUUUCAGUUUAUGAACUUAUUUAUUGAUAAAUGUAUAACUCAGAGACCUGCUAGGUGGGGGUUGUUCUGUGAAUACAGAGAUGUAAGGCUUGUGACUCAGUUUUUUUGAACAUGCUGGCAUGUUGCUCUCUCGUUCUGUCUCUUUGUCACUCUCUCUAUCUCUCUCUCUCAUUCUCCCAUCAAUUCUUCUGGGGUGGGUUUGGUUUUGGGAGUCUACUCUGUUUUUUGUUUCAUAGUUUGUCGAAUUCGAGUAAAUGGUGUGAUGAAGGUUACUUUGUGGAAUUUUGUAUUUGUUAUUUUAUUGUUAAAGUAAAAGUUUUUGUUUUGUGGAUGUUUUAGGUUGUUUAUAAUGCAAAUGAUCUGGCUAAAGUUGUCAGGGAGAAGAAAAAGGCGCAGAAUUGGCUUGACUACAAUCAACUCAAAUAUCAACGGAAACCUUUAAAGAGACCAAUUCGGAAGGUAGAUUGGUCUAGAACGCGUGUUAUGCAGAACACUGUACAUUAUACUGUGACAUUUCGUCUUUAUAAAGCUCUUCUGUCGAAGUGUGCGUGGAUGUCUCAUUGUUUCUUCUUCAUCACACCAAUUAGUUCUUUAUCUCUGGAUAAAAUAUAUAAAUCAUAGAAGAUAUUCUCUUGCCAAAUUUUCUCUGUAUUAUACAAGCCAAUUUUCUCUUGUAUUUAAACUGUUCAGAAAUAGAAGUGCCAUGUGCCUGACAUUGCUUACUUGUUUUUGUCAGACUGGUUGCCUUGGGCUAUGGGGUAAGAAAGUUGACUCAAUCGAGUAUUAUGCAUCUGAGGUUGAAAGGCUGUCAAAAGAAGUAAGCAUUCAUCUAUGCAUGUUUUACAUAUUUGAUCUCUGUUACUAAAUGCUAGUCAAAUACUUCUGCAUAAAGCUGUUGCAUUUGUCCUUAGAUUUGUGGUGCAACUAAUAGAAGAUAAUUACUCUCUCUUCUGGUAAUUAGUGUUCUUGCUUGCUCUCUGUCUAGCACUAAUAGUUGACUUGUUACGGUCAAUCCUCAGCCUCAAUCGACUUGUUCGUUUUUUAUGAAGAUCUUAUUCACAGUAAAUUUUCAACUGUGAUCGCUAUUGUUUUAUUAUCUUGCAUAACGUAGGGGGGCAUUGAAGAAACCUUACAAAAUAUAGUCUUAAUUUACCUCUAUGCCUGUUUUGUUUCCCCUUCAUCCUAGUGCAUUGGCAAUGUGGGAAUACGCAUGGAACAAAGAUGCUUUUUGACACUUUUAUUCUAGGGCUACUUCACAUGCCGAACUAAAACAUUUAAAGUGGGAUCUUUUCAGUAAGGCCCAAAGUGUAAUUGACAUGCAUUGGUUGUUAUCUUUUAGUAGCUAUAGACUAGACCCACAGAUAAACCGGCUCAUUCUUUGUUAUCUGUCUAUUCACAUCUUUGGGCCGUUUCACCGAGCGUGACUACAUAUCUGGGUUUGAUGAGUUUUUUCUCUUUACGUGAGAAAGGAUGCGAUUAUACUUUUUGGGCAGAAUUUGGAACAUAGGUUUUCACCCUCUGAGUUGAUUAUUCGCACACCUACUUGUAUAUGCAUUCCUCCUUUAUUUUGUACCUCUGUAUGAAUUUGUGUAACCAACCGCUGUAAAAAGAAACCACUGAGUAAGGGGAGGAUGGGUCGAAACAAUUGCGGGAGACUAAAUGAGUGCAAGUUAAAAACGUUUCCCCUGUCGACCAGAACAUGGAAGAAGCUUUCAAUCAUUUCCCUGUCCUGGAUCUUGGCAAUUAGGUGGGCUACACUGUGGUUUUCUUGAUGAACUAUUCGAGGCUUGCUCUUUUCUCAUAAAUGGCUUAAUAAAAUGUCACCCUUGGGUAUCAAAGAGCAAAGAGUACGAACUCUUCUUCAUCUUCAGUCAAUCAAAGAGUAUAUGUCCUUCUGAUUUCAUAAACAUGUUGAAAAUACUUCACUUUUAAUGCCGGUACCAUGAUGGUGUGCUUUGUUUUUUCUUUCAAUUUAAGCACUCUUAUCAUUAAGAAUGAACGACUCAGUUGGUUUCUGAUCUUCUCGCUUCAAUUUCAAUGUUACAUUACAUUAUUGGAAAUCAUUUGAAGUCUUUCUGACGGUCUAAUUUCAUCUUAGGAAGUUGCAGAACGUGAAAAAAUCGUAAAGAGUACAAAGUAUAUUAUGCCGGCAGCAUUUGUAUCCUUCAGGACCCGUUGGGCAGCAGCUGUUUGUGCGCAGACACAACAGACCAGAAACCCUACCCUGUGGUUGACCGAGUGGGCUCCAGAACCUCGUGAUGUGUACUGGCGGAAUCUGGCAAUUCCAUUUGUCUCUCUGACAAUUAGAAGACUGAUUGUGGCUGUGGCGUUCUUCUUUCUUACCUUCUUCUUCGUGAUUCCUAUAGUCUUCGUUCAGUCUCUGGCAAACAUUGAGGGAAUUGAGAAGGCUCUUCCUUUCUUGAGGCCCAUUAUUGAAAUGUAUGUGCUCCUCGCUGGUUCUUUGUGUUUCCUUUCAUCAUUGGUUUCAAGGAUAAUUCGUAUUUUGAUUAGGUAUUCAACAUAUAUUUGUGCAAGAUUUGAAGUUUCCAGAUAAGAUUUUGUUUGCUCUUUUCUUUUAUAGUAUUCUCCUGGAUAACGUUUAAUUAAACUAUCAUUUCUAUGGUUCUUUUUUUUUGCAGAAAAUUUAUCAAAUCAUUUAUCCAAGGUUUUCUCCCUGGAAUCGCUCUUAAAAUUUUUCUCAUAUUGCUGCCAACUAUUUUAAUGCUAAUGUCCAAGUUUGAAGGACUUGUGUCCAUAUCAUCUCUUGAGCGAAGAUCUGCAUCCAAAUACUAUCUCUUUCUGCUUGUCAAUGUGUUUCUUGGGAGCAUAAUCACUGGGACUGCUUUUGAACAGUUGAACACUUUUAUUCACCAGUCCGCAAAUCAGUACGUACGCUCAUCACUGGAUAUUAAAUCUUUUGCCAUUGUUACAGUUCAUAUUCUGCUCUUCGUUAAUCAUGAUAUCAUGUAACAGCUAAAAAUUGCAGUCUCAUUCUGAUCUAAUGCCCUAUGCUAUCAUGUGAAGUAUAGCAUAUUUGUAUGUUGUUCAAUUAUCGUUAUUGCUUUACUCAAGUGCAUGCAUCUCCCCUUGCUAAUGCAGAAUUCCAGUGACGAUUGGUCAAUCCAUCCCUAUGAAAGCAACUUUCUUCAUCACUUAUAUCAUGGUCGAUGGGUGGGCUGGAAUUGCCGGGGAAAUUUUGAGGUUGAAACCCUUGAUAAUAUAUCACUUGAAGAAUGUGUUCCUUGUGAAGACUGAGAAAGAUAGGGAAGAGGCGAUGUAUCCGGGGAGCAUCGGUUUCGACACUUCAGAGCCACAGAUUCAGUUGUACUUCCUGCUCGGCCUGGUUUAUGCUGUUGUGACGCCAUUCCUCCUCCCUUUCAUUCUCAUAUUCUUUGGCCUGGCAUAUGUUGUCUACCGCCAUCAGGUGGGUAAUCUCAGAAAUCUCUUUCUACCGUGUGGGUCCUUGCUAGCCUCUUCUAUUUAAAUUAUUUUUCUCUAAAUGACACCUUUUCUAAAAAAAAUUCUGGUAGAUUAUAAAUGUUUACGACCAGCGGUACGAGAGUGGUGCCACAUUCUGGCCGGAUGUUCAUGGGCGUAUAAUCAGUGCUCUGAUCAUCUCUCAGUUGCUUCUUAUGGGAUUGUUGAGCACCAAGCAAGCUUCUCAGUCCACACCGCUGCUCGUUGCACUUCCUGUUUUGACCAUCUGGUUCCACAAGUACUGCAAGAGCCGCUAUGAGCCAGCCUUUGUCAGAUUUCCAUUACAGGUUUCACAUUUUUUUUGUUUUUUUUUUUUUUUUUUUGCCGUUCAUCUUCAUAAUUCGUCUCUUUUCUCCCGAUGUUUGUUACCUUUCUGAGCUGUUGCUUUUUAUUUGCCAGGAAGCGAUGAUGAAGGACACGCUAGAGCAUGCCCGAGAACCCGACCUGGACCUGAAGAGCUACGUAUCGGACGCCUACAUGCAUCCGGUGUUCAAGGGCGGCUACAACGACGAUGAGGAGAACGCUCCUCCAACUGGGUACGGAAAGGUCCAUGGAAGCCCGGCUCUCGUCCCCACCAAGCGUCAGUCUAGAAGGAGCACUCCGGUUCCCAGCAAACACAGCGGAUCCUUGUCUCCCCCCUCUGUUCGUGCAUCCUCUCAGGGACCACGAUGA